AAUGUGUAAUUGUUGUUUUCCUGUAAUCCAAACGGCGCACUGUUUUAAAUUCACAGCAGAGGAAAAAAAAAAAGACGAGCCAAGAUUUGUAUCGUCGUCGUCUCCGAUGCUCAGCUCCAUCAUCGACGACAAGCCCGUCGCUUCCACUUGGCUCAACCGCCUCCGUUUAAACAGAGGACUUUCCACCACCGAAGAUGACGAUGCUUCUGGCAAUCCACUUACUCUCGACGACUUUCUCCGCCGCAACCACCACACCGAAAUCACCGCCACUAGUUCCGCCUCCGAUUCACCUCCAUCUGCUCCAGUUCCUUCAGAUCCAGAAUUAGCUGAAAGUCCAUCCGAAGAGCCAGUUCCCGGAGAAUGGUACGGCGUGAUGAGCGAUGUUCUCUCCGAACUAUUCAAUUUCGGUGGCUCAUCUAAAUCUUCCACAAUUCCCGGGAAGAAGAAGUUGCCAAGGAAACAAUCAAACCCUAGGCAUUGCUCUUUAGACACUCCUAACGACGUUGUUCCAUUGGUAAAUCAGAAGAGCAACGACGCGAAUUGUGUUCCAAGUGUCCGUGAAUUCGCUACUUCAUCAUCGCGUAGUUCGUACAAUAAGAAAACUCCGGCGCCGGAGAUUAGGGGAAGGAGAAGAAGUGUAGCGGAAGAUGAGGAUGUGGAUGAGGAGGAAGAGAAAGGAGAGAAGGAUUUAGUUGGAUUUUCGAGGAGUGAAGUGACGGUGAUUGAUACAAGCUUUAAGAUUUGGAAAUCUGAGAAACUUGUUUUCAGGAGGAGGAAUGUUUGGAAAGUGAGGGAGAAGAAAGGUAAAUCAAGAGUUGUUUCGAAGACGAAGAAGAUGAUGAAGAAGAAGAAGAAGAAGAAAAAGAGGAAAUGUGACGUCGGUGAUGAUGAUGGUGAAAUUGCUCGGAAAAGCAAGAAGAUGAAGAUUUCAACAUCAGUUUCAGACAAUAAUCCACGCUAUCACGUCGAAGAGAUUCAUGAUGAACCAGAAAGCAGUAAUGUUAGCCGAAGGUUGCCCUCUAAACCUAGAAAAGAAGGUUCUUUCGGUAUACAUACAAGUAAGAAAAACAGCCAAGCAGAGGCUCGAGGUCAUCGGUCCUUGGCUAACAGUCACUAAACCAAACUAAGUUUCGCAUUUAUGUAUAUGAUGAUAACUGUUGUAUGAUUAUUAUGUCACAUUCUUGUUUAUGAAAAAUGUAUUGCUAUCAUCUGAUUUAAAGAGAAUUAAGAUCUUCA